AUGCAAGCCAGAACACAACUCCUAAGAACUGCUUCCCGGCGUCUUGCGGCCGCUGAGAGGGGCGCUUUGCGACAACGCCAAUUUCCAAGCGCCCUCAUAGUUACCCCGCGACUAACGGCGGCAGCAAAUUCUCUACGCAUCCUACCGAUCGUUACGUCUCGAGGAUAUUCCAAUGGCAGGCCACACCCACCUGGCGGCACCCACCGGAUGAACCUCGGAGGCGAACCUGAGAAACCGGCGCUUGAACAAUAUGGAGUCGAUUUGACGGCGAGGGCGAAGGCGGGAAAGCUGGAUCCUGUUAUCGGCAGGUCGGCUGAGAUACAGCGCACCAUACAAAUUCUCUCUCGCCGAACUAAAAACAAUCCUGUGCUCAUUGGAAGCGCCGGUGUUGGCAAGACUGCCGUUCUUGAAGGGCUGGCCCUCGAGAUCGUGCGGGGGGCUGUUCCAGAGAGUAUCAAGAAUAAGAGGGUCAUCACCCUUGAUUUAGGCUCUCUUAUCGCCGGCGCAAAAUUCAGGGGCGACUUCGAGGAACGGCUAAAGAAGGUGCUCACCGAGGUCCAACAAGCGAACGGCGAGGUUAUCCUCUUCAUCGACGAGCUUCACACUCUUCUCGGACUGGGCAAGGCCGAGGGUUCCAUCGACGCAUCGAAUCUCUUGAAGCCUGCUCUCUCGCGGGGAGAACUGCAAUGCUGCGGCGCCACGACUCUUGCCGAGUACCGCCAAAUUGAGAAGGACGUUGCUCUAGCCCGGCGGUUCCAACCGAUUUUGGUUGGUGAGCCAACGGUACAAGAUACGAUUAGUAUCCUCCGUGGUAUCAAGGAAAAAUAUGAGGUCCACCACGGCGUCCGCAUCACCGACGGGGCGCUCGUUGCCGCUGCAACCUACUCGAACCGCUACAUCACCGAUCGCUUCCUCCCCGACAAAGCAAUCGAUCUAAUGGACGAAGCUGCUAGCUCGCUGAGAUUACAACAAGAGAGCAAGCCCGAAGAUAUUCUAAGCCUCGAUCAGAAGAUCAUGACGAUCCAAAUCGAACUUGAGAGCCUACGGAAAGAAAAGGAUAUCGCAAGCAAGGAACGGCGUGAGAAACUCGAGGCCGACCUGAAGAAGUGCCAGGAAGAGGAACAGGCUCUGACGGACAAGUGGGAGAGAGAAAAGGCUGAAAUCGACGCCAUCAAGCAAACGCAAGCCGAGCUCGAUAGAGCCCGGGUUGAGCUAGAGAUGGCGCAGAGAGAUGGCAACUUCGCAAAGGCGUCCGAGUUGAGAUUUGGCACCAUCCCCACCCUCGAGCAAAAGCUACCAAAAGAAGGCGAGAAGGCAGAAGGCGAGACCACUCUGAUCCACGAUUCGGUAACGGCCGACGACAUAGCCAACGUCGUCUCGAGAAUCACCGGUAUCCCGAUAUCGAAGCUGACGAGCGGGCACACUGAAAGGCUCAUUCACAUGGAGGAUAUUUUGCGGGAGUCGGUCCGCGGCCAAGAUGAGGCACUCAAGGCCGUUGCGGAUGCGGUACGGAUGCAGAGAGCAGGCCUCAGCGGCGAAAACAGGCCUCUCGCAUCUUUCUUCUUCCUCGGUCCGACGGGCGUCGGCAAAACGGAGCUGUGCAAAAAACUCGCUAGCUUCCUGUUUUCCACAGAGACUGCCGUUGUCCGUUUCGAUAUGAGCGAGUUCCAAGAGAAGCACACCAUCUCACGGCUCAUCGGCGCCCCCUCUGGCUACGUGGGAUACGAAGACGCCGGUCAACUGACAGAGGCCGUCCGGCGCAAACCAUACGCGGUGCUUCUAUUCGACGAGUUCGAGAAGGCGCAUCGUGACAUCUCAGCCCUACUGCUGCAGGUCCUUGACGAAGGCUACCUAACUGACGCCCAAGGCCACAAGGUCGACUUCCGCAACACCAUCAUCGUUCUGACCUCCAAUCUCGGCGCCGACAUCCUCGUAGGCGCCGACCCGAUCCAUCCCUACCAGGAAACCGAAGACGGCGAUAUCCACCCAAAGGUCAAGAACGCCGUCAUGGACGUGGUCGCCUCGCACUACCCGCCCGAGUUCCUCAAUCGCAUCGACUCCUUCAUCGUUUUCAAGCGGCUCGCCCUCAGCGCGCUGCGCGACAUCGUCGACAUCCGGCUGCGGGAGCUGCAGGCGCGCCUAGACGACCGCCGCAUCACCCUCACCGUGCCCGACGACGUGCGCCAGUGGCUCGCCGAGCGCGGCUACGACCCCAAGUUCGGCGCCCGCCCGCUCAACCGCCUCAUCACGACACAAAUCGGAAACGGUCUAGCCGACAAGAUCAUUCGCGGCGAGGUCAAGACGGGCGACAACGCUGUCGUAGCGCUGAACGAGGACAAGAGCGGGUUGAGUAUUACCGCGCAGCACAAUGCCGAGAAAGAAGAGGCUUGA